AUGAAGGUGCGCGCCGCCACCGACGCCGACGUCCCCGCCAUCGCGGCCAUAAUCCUCGCGGCCGCCGCCGCCGAGGUGCCCUGGAAGAGCUACCUGCCCGCCGGAGCGUGCCGGGACCCGAUCCUGGUGCAGCACGUGGAGGCCGUCGCGCGCGCCCACAUCGUGGCCAGAGAUUCGGCCGUCGUGGUCGGUGAGCUGUCCGCGGCGGAGUCCGGCCGGGACACCCCCGAGGUAGUGUCCGUCGCGGUCUGGGACACCACCACCGCCGCCGAGCGCGACGACAGCUGGGCCGCCGUUGAGGAGCAUCACGCCCAGCUGGCCGCACUAGACACCGCCAUGCGCCGCGGCCGCCAGCUCUACUUCGCCGCCGAGCCGCCGCAUCUGUUUCUGCGAGUGCUGGCGACGCACCCGGACCGCCGGGGCCGCGGGUACGCCAAGGCCCUGUGCCGGUGGGGGAUGGCGCUCGCCCGCCGCAGGCGCGUCGGUGUGUGCGUCGAGACCGGCGCCGCUCGCGGCUACGUCCUCUUCUCCGGCCUGGGGUUCCGCGACCUGGGUGUUGUGGACUUGCCCCCUGUCCGGGGCCGCCACGAGGGGACCGAGGAGGAAGGGCAGGUCCUCAAGGCGCUCCGCAUGGACGCGGAGGCGGUGCGGGCCGCGAAUCCGGGUGCUUGGGACUCAUUUUGCAAGUACAUUUUUGGUUGA